GCGUUAGUAUAGUGGAAUUCAACAGUAGCGUUUUUAUCUCGUUCCAGCUAUGGCACCUGAACGUUGGCGUCACCACUUGGACUACCUCAUCACCCUCCUCGGUGGCAGUAUUGGCUCUGGUUCACUCAUCAAGUUCCCGUAUUUAUGUAUGCGAAACGGCGGAGGAGCAUUCCUGAUACCGUAUAUUGUCUUCACUUUCAUCGGCGCUAUUCCCUGUGUGUUCUUGGAAAUGGUGAUUGGUCAGCUCUCUCAAAGUGGACCUAUCAACGUUUGGAACUUAUGUCCACCAUUUAAAGGUAUUGGUUUUGGGAUUGCUUUGGUGAUGUGGCUGUAUGUCACCUACUACAUGGCCAUAUUCGCCUGGUUUAUGUAUUACUUCUACCACUCGUUCCUCGGCAAGCUUCCCUGGGCCAGCUGUGACAACUCCUGGAACACCCCUGCAUGUAUAGCAAAUAGCAACGGAAGCACCUUUAACAGUACAGUAGCUAAUGUUACUGGCCUCAGUCACAGUAACUUCACCAAUGUCACUGAAACAGUCCCGGGUGUGACUGCUGCAGAAGAGUUUUGGAGAUUCCAGGCGUUACAGAUGACUGAUGGCCUGGAACAUCUUGGUGGUACCCGCUGGCCCCUAGUUGGGUUAAUGGGAGUUACCUGUGUGAUCAUGUUCUUAUUCAUCUUUCAAGGGAUCAGAGUAUCAGGAAAGGUCGUGUACGUCACAGUGGGCGUUCCCAUCCUCCUCCUUUUGGUCUUCCUCAUCCAGGGAUGUCUGCUUCCGGGUUCUGCAGAUGGAAUUUACUUCUAUGUGUAUCCUAAAUUUGAGAAACUUUUGGAACCAGGAGGAUGUCCUGAUUGUUAG